AUGAAUGGAAAUAUAUUAAAUUCACUUAAAAAAAUUAAAUCCUCUAAGAGUUAUCAGAUUUUAUUAAACAAGUGGCAUAUUAAAAAGUUUACUCCAUGCAAUAGUGUAACUCCUUAUAAUUUUCAACAACAUCAAGCAAUACAUACACAUGAUACUCAAUUGGAAAUUUCUAAAGAAACUGAUAAAAAAACUAGUGACUUGAAGCAUUUCAGGGAUUUAUCAAAAAAUGGACCAUCACUUAAAGACUUUUUGGUACCUAAAACUGAAAUUCCAAUUGAUUCUAUUAGUGUGCCAAAUAUUCCCUACAUAAAAAAUAUUGAUGGCUGUAAUCAAAAGGUAUAUUUUGAAGUUCAUGGCUGUCAAAUGAAUGUAAAUGAUACCGAGGUAAUUUGGUCCAUCCUAAAAUCUCAUGGUUAUAAGAAAGAGACAAAUCUAAAAAAAGCUGAUAUUAUUCUGCUAGUUACAUGUUCUAUUCGUGACAAGGUAGAACAAAAAAUAUGGAAUAAGUUAAGUAACUUAAAUCAUUUUAGAAGGAAAAAGAACAAAUCUAUAAAAAUUGGUUUGUUAGGAUGCAUGGCAGAAAGAUUAAAAGAUAAAAUAUUAGAAAGGGGAAAACUUGUUGAUGUAAUAGCUGGACCAGAUAGUUACAAAGAUUUACCAAGGCUGUUGUCUGUACCAGAUGAUGAAACUGCUAUUAAUGUUGUUUUAUCAUUUGAUGAAACAUAUGCAGAUAUAACACCAGUGAGAUUGAAUCCAAACUCUCCUAGUGCAUUUGUUACAAUAAUGCGUGGUUGUGACAAUAUGUGCACAUAUUGCAUUGUACCAUUUACAAGAGGAAGAGAAAGAUCAAGACCAAUUGAAAGUAUAGUCAAAGAAGUUCAAUCUUUGUCUGAUGAUGGUGUGAAGGAAGUGGUGCUUCUUGGGCAGAAUGUAAAUAGUUACAGAGAUCUGUCGCAGUCGGAAUUUUAUAUGCCUAAUGAUAUAGAAACACACUUAGUUAAAGGUUUCAAAACAGUAUAUAAAAGAAAAAAGGGAGGUCGUCGAUUUUGUGAUUUGCUCGAUGAGGUUUCUCAGAUAAAUCCGGAGAUGAGAAUUAGAUUCAUAUCGCCGCAUCCUAAAGAUUUUCCGGACGAAGUUUUACAUUUGAUAGCAGAAAGACCUAAUAUUUGUAAGGCAAUUCAUUUACCUUUUCAAAGUGGCAAUUCUGCGGUCUUGGAAAGGAUGAGAAGAGGAUACACCAGAGAAGCAUAUAUAGAUUUGGUGAAUCAUAUACGUGAAAUUCUGCCGAACGUUUGUCUCUCUACUGACGUUAUUGCUGGAUUUUGUGGAGAAACAGAGGAGGAAUUUCAGGAUACAUUAUCAAUGAUAGAAUUAGUAAAAUAUAAUCAAGCUUUCCUCUUUUGCUACAGCAUGCGAGAGAAAACUACCGCACAUCGUCGCUACCAAGAUGAUGUAGAACAGAGUGUGAAACUAAAUCGAUUGGAAAGAAUGACUGUCAUACACAGAGCUGAGAUGGAAAAAUUGAAUAAAUUACAGAUUGGACAAUUGCAACUUGUGCUCGUAGAAGGGGUCACCAAGCGUUCAAAUGAAUCUCUUAAAGGAAGAAACGACGGUAAUACGCGCGUAGUAAUUCCCUCCGUAACGAUACCUAUUGAAAAGUAUUCAGAUGAGAAAAGACCGAUAAAGAGCGGCGAUUAUGUUGUAGUACAAAUUCAGGAUGCUACUUCGCAAUCUUUAAGAGGCAUACCUUUAUAUCAUUCAUCAAUAACGGAGUAUGUAAAUAACACUAUGUAAGAGACUAUAUAAAUAAAGUAGAA